AUGGACGGAUUAUGCUACGUCAUCAUCUUCUCCCUCUUAUCAUACGCAUCCUCUCACUUAUCAUACGCCUCGCCUGUCAGUUUCAGUCGCCGUCACCUCUCACAAGCUCCGUUAACCGAUCCUUCCACAUCCACUCCCGGCGCCUUCUUCCCAGCUUACAGCUCCUCCUCUCCUCCUCCUCCUCCUCCACCUCCGCUGCCUCUUCCUCCUCCAGCCACCACGUUUGCGACAUUUCCGGCGAACAUCUCCGCCCUCGUCCUCCCUCGCUCUCCUAAAUCGCAGACUUCUUCAAGGACACUCCUUAUCCCGGUCAUCUCCGCCGUGCUCGCCGUCGCGACAGCAAUCGGCCUUGCCCUGUUUCUCUACGGACGUUGGCGAGGGCAAAUCCGUCAUUCUAAAGACGAAUCCAAGAGCUCAGCUUCUGAGUCUGACGUCACUCAAUCCGAGCAACCUCCAUGUCCACCUCCGAGAAACACCACUACCAGCAACAAACUCUCUGUAGCUCCUUCUACCUCCGAUGUUCUCUACCUCGGCAACGUCGUCACUUCCGGUUCCGGUUCGAAUUUCGUCAAACCGGGUUCACCGGAGAUCUGUCCUCUCCCGCCAUUACCGGCUCGUGGCUUCCUUCAGCAUAACUCUGAAGCUAAUCCUCUCACCGAUGACGAAGAAGAAGAAGAAGAAGACGACGACUUCUACUCACCUCUCGCGUCUCUAGCCGGUAACGAACCACGAGACUCCGGCUAUCCUUCAACCUCGGAUUCUCCGUCAAUGUCACCGUCCGCUACGAUUUCUCCGCCUUUGAGCUCGACGGCUGCACACUGGUCAACCCAAAACCGUCAAUCUCCGUCGCCGGAGAGACGGGUGAGGAGCAAUAAAAGAUACGGGCCGUCUCUGAGAAUGUUCAGCCUCUGGAAUCAGAAUUCAGGUUUCCCUCGAAUCUCCUCUGCUUCUACUUCGCCGGAAAGAGGUGCGAUUAGGACGCCCGACGCAUACGCUCGUUCCUCCAUGUACUCGUCAGUUUCCACCACGCCGGAUCGGUUUUUCCGGAAGGUUCUGGAGAGUUCGCCGCCGAGAUGGAACGAUUUCAGUCGAAAUGUCAAGUCUUUGUUCCUCUCUUCCACUCCUGCGUCGCCGGCUAGAGAUUUCUGUGUCGACAUCUCUGAAUCUUCUAGAAAUCUGAAACCUUCUUGGGAAAAUUCAGAGCUUCAUGUAAUUGAACAGAGCGAAUCUUCUCCUCCUGCUCCUCCUCCUCCGCAACGGCCACCUCCGCUUGUGCCACCGUCACAGUCUUUCAUGGUUCAGAAAUCUGGGAAGAAGCUAUCUUUUUCUGAGUUACCACAGAGUUGUUGGGAAGGAACAACAGAGCGACCAAGGCCAAAGCUGAAACCUUUGCCUUGGGAUAAAGUCCGACCAAAUUCUUGCCGGAAAAAUAGCUGGGGAAGUCUUAAAUUCAAUCCUCCAAAUGCUAAUCCAAAACGAAGAAGUCUUAGCUGUGAUCUUCCAAUGCUAAACCAAGAAAGCAGAGUUUUGCAUCCAAGAAAGAGUCAGAAUAUUGCUUUGCUGCUUACAACACUUGAGCUCACCACAAGUGAUAUCCGUCAGGCUCUUCUAGAUGGUCACUAUGAAGCACUCGGAGUUGAACUUCUUGAGAGUUUAUCAAGAAUGGCACCGAGUGAUGAAGAAGAAAUGAAGUUGAAGAGUUGUAGCAAUGACUUAGAGAUCAAGCUUUCCCCAUCAGAGAGGUUUCUCAAGGAACUGCUUGAUGUGCCUUUCGUGUUCAAACGUGUUGAUGCAUUGCUCUCUGUUGCUAACUUUAAUUCCAAGGUUGCACACUUGAAAAGAUCAUACGGCGUUAUACAGGCUGCUUGUGAGAAACUGAGAAAUAGCAAAAUGUUGCUGAAACUUCUUGAAGCUGUCUUGGAGAGAGAAACCAAGAGCGGGAAUGCUCAUGACUUCAAACUCGAGGCGCUUCUCGAGCUUGUUGAUGUCAAAUGGUUAGAUGGAAGAACCAGUCUCUUGCACUCUGUUGUAAAGAACACCUUAGAAGCAGAAGGCGUCAAAGGGAUAAAAGUUGUCGAAAAUCUCACUUCGGUACUUUUAGAUGUCGAGAAAGCUGCAGAAAUGGACUAUGGUGUUCUAAGAAGAGAAGUGUUGACGCUUUAUCAAGAAGUCCAGAGAGUGAGUGAGGUUCUGCUACUGAAUGAUGAGAGUGGAUGUAAUGAAGAACAGCAUUGGUGGAAAUUCAGGGAGUCGAUGACAGGAUUCUUGGAAAGCGCUGUAGAGGAGAUUCAAAAGAUUGAAACAGAACAAGGUUCCACGCUCUAUGCAGUGAAAGAGAUCACAGAGUAUUUCCAUGGAGAUUCAGCAAAGGAGGAAGCACAGGUUUUGAGAGUUUUCGUGAUCUUGAGAGACUUCUUGUCCAUUUUAAAUGGAGUACGCAGUGAAAUGGCUUAG